CACUUUCAGUGUACGCGUUUUCAAACUUUAGUGGGUCUAAAUUAGCUUGCAACCACGCGAACAUUUUAGUUUUGGUUUUGAUAUCUAUCCAUCCAAUUAUUAUUUUUCACUGAAUUUUCAACUUCUGUUCCUUUGACAAGUUCGAAGCUCGAUUUUGCCCCGAUUGAACUCGGUUUGUGAUCAAACUGGAAGAAAAAUACGGUGGGAAGCGUCGUGUUCGUGAUUGGGUUUACGUUGUUCCGGAGUAUAAUGGACCGGGAAUGGAAACGGGGACGUUUGGUAGGUGUCAUGGUGGUGUGCCUCUUGUGUCUGAGUUUGCGUUUGAGUUGGUGUCUCAACGAUGAAGGUUUGGCUCUGCUGAGGUUUAGAGAGAGAGUGGUGUAUGACCCCUUUGGUGCUUUGUCCAAUUGGAAAGACGAAGAUGGAGUCGUUGAUCCAUGUUCAUGGUUUGGGAUCGAGUGCUCAGAUGGAAAAGUUUUGACCUUGAACUUGAAAGAUCUUUGUCUUGGAGGAACACUGGGACCUGAGCUUGCAAAUCUAGUCCAAAUAAAAUCUAUUAUUUUGCGCAAUAAUUCUUUUAGUGGAAUCAUUCCUGAAGAGAUUGGAGAGCUGAAGGAGUUGGAGGUGUUGGAUUUGGGAUACAAUAACUUCAGUGGAACACUCUCAGCUGAACUUGGCAGUAAUCUUUCACUCACAAUCCUUCUAGUGGACAACAAUGAGCAACUUGGUAACUUAUCUCCUGAGAUUUAUGGACUUCAGAUGUUUUCUGAAUCUCAAGUAGAUGAAAAUGAGCUUUCUAAUGCUGCUAAAGGAUCAUCUUGCCAUAAAACAAACGCUGCUUGGAGCAUUGCCCAAAAUGAAGUCAUGGUUCACAGGAGACUGAAGCAAACGUUAAAUCACUUGGAACCCCCAUCCCCAUUAAAUCGCUUUAAAACCCCAUCCCCAUCCGCAUCAUUUGUGCCAAAGAAAGGAGCAGUAGCAGUAAAUUCUUAUCCAACUGUUUCUUUCUCUCCAGCUCCCUAUUCUGCUCAAGCGCCUCCCCCCCCAGAAAACCGUUCUUCAAAGAAUCAUUUGGUUUUAAUAUUGGCUGGAGCAAUAGGGGGCGCCAUUCUAAUUUUGAUCAUUGGUGUAUAUCUUUGUAAAAGCAAUAAGGUAGCUACUGUUAAACCUUGGGCGACAGGAUUAAGUGGACAGCUUCAGAAAGCAUUUGUAACUGGUGUGCCAAAACUCAAGAGAUCAGAGCUUGAAACAGCUUGUGAAGAUUUCAGUAAUGUCAUUGGUUCUUCACCAAUUGGUACAGUUCACAAAGGGACCUUGUCUAGUGGAGUUGAAAUAGCUGUGGCUUCUGUUGCUGCGACAUCUGCCAAGGAUUGGUCAAUGAGUUUAGAAGCACAGUUUAGGAAGAAGAUUGACACAAUAUCAAAAGUUAACCACAGGAAUUUUGUCAACCUUCUUGGAUACUGUGAGGAAAAUGAGCCUUUCACCAGAAUGAUGGUUUUCGAAUAUGCUCCAAAUGGAACACUCUUUGAGCAUUUACACAUAAAAGAGGCUGAACACUUGGACUGGAGAAUGCGGCUGAGAAUUGCAAUGGGAAUGGCUUACUGCCUUGACCAUAUGCACCAGCUAAACCCACCUAUGGCUCACAACAACCUGAACUCUUCAGCUGUCAGCCUCACUGAAGAUUAUGCAGCCAAAAUCUCAGAGUUCAGUUUCUGGAAUGAGAUCGUCGCGGCCGAGAUAGAUUCAGCUGGAUUAAAGAAUAUACACACACCAUCAUUAGGCCCAGAAAGUAAUGUUUACAGCUUUGGUGUGAUAUUGUUUGAAAUGGUUACCGGCCGGGUUCCUUACUCAGCAGACAGUAGCUCACUUGAAGACUGGGCAUCUGACUAUUUGAGAGGGGAGCAACCGCUUAGAGAAAUAGUUGAUCCCACUUUGACAUCCUUCGAAGAGGCGCAACUGGAGCUGAUUGUCGAAGUUCUAAAAUCUUGUGUCCACCCUGACCCUAAACACAGACCGGCAAUGAGAGAAGUCUGUGCAAGACUUAGAGCCAUAACUGGAAUAACCCCUGAGGGAGCAAACCCAAAACUCUCUCCUCUUUGGUGGGCAGAGCUUGAGAUUGCGUCUGCUAAUGGUAGCUGAGGAACAAAACCUCAAAUUGCAAGUAUGAUGGGGAAUAUUCUGCGGUUGUUUAGGCACUAAAGAAGUUGCCUGUAUGUUGAUACAGCUUGUAUUUAUCAUAGGGUAAAAGGAAUUAUCUGUAUAUACCUCCUACAAAUAGAAAUUUGGCGAAUCUUCGUUUAUUUUGAUAA